CAAGCAAAGAUGACGUAUAGACCACGAGAGAUGAUUAAUUCUUCCCAUCUUUUACUCUUCACUACAUUUUCGCUCUAAUCUAAAUCAACUUCGCCACCAAAAAAUCUAUCUCUAUCUUUUUCUUUCUGUUUUUUUUUAGGGUUUUCUCCUUCUCCUCCUUCUUCUUCAUAUCAAGAAAUGCAGCCUAGUUAUGGCGUACCAGACAUCCACCGUCACCAACAAAACCAGCGACUCCAUCACCAAUUCAUUAAAAAUGACGAUUGUUGCUCAUCUGUUUUCCCCAUUUCGAACCCAUCUCAAAAUCUAAACCAUUCUUUUCAACAAAAACAACAACCAGAACAACAGAUAUUCUUGCAGCAGCAGCAACCAACCAUUACCCAUCAAUUAUUCCAAAAUCAACCUCAAUACCAACAUUUUAGACCAUUUCAACAACAGAUAUAUCAGCAUCCCCAAUCAACACAUCCACCUUUUUUUCCUGCUAAAUUCAAGUCGGAUCUUGACAACGACAAAAAAGCUACUACAGAUUUUCUUAAUGGCGUGACUCAUUCUUGGCAUCCCCAGGAAGAUUCUACCUCCAUCAAGGAACCCUUUUGGGUGGAUUACUGUAAAUGUGGCAGGAAACAGCUGAGUAGAAGUAAUUGUGAAAAUGGAGAGCAAGAAGCUGAUGAAAGAAACAAAAAUAAGUACCGUAAGCCCUUGGGCACAAGGGAAGUCGAUGAAAGGUGGAAAGAUUUGGAGAACAAAUAUAGGCUAUUUGGUGAACUUGAAGCUAUAUACAGUCUUGCAAAGGUUGCUGAAACUAAUCAAACAGGUUCUGGCUCUGCUCUUACUGGAGAAAACUCACCAACAAAAAAUAUUGCUGCUCUUUCAUUGCCGUUUACUGCAAUUCAUGCCCAAAAUAUUGCUAAUGCAAGUGCUACUUCUAAUCAUGGAUCAGAUAACUCCACUGGGGAAGAAUCUUCAUUAAGAAAAACCCAAAAAAGAUUGAGAAAAAGGAAAAUGAAGGAGAAAUUGACUUCCAUGGCUGGUUUCUUUGAGAAUCUAGUCAAACAGGUUAUGGAUCAUCAAGAAAUGCUGCAUAAGAAGUUCUUGGAAGUAAUUGAAAGAAUGGAUAAGGAAAGGACAGAGAGAGAAGAAGUUUGGAGGCGAAAAGAAGCCGAAAAGUAUAAUAGAGAAGCCAUUUCUAGAGCACAUGAUCAAGCUUUAGCUUCAAAUAGAGAAGCUCAAAUUGUUUCAUUUGUAGAAAAAAUUACAGGCCAAAGGAUCGAUCUUCCUAUUAGAAAAACCCAUCUAUUGCUCCAGCAGGAAGUUCCAAAAGAACCCAACGAAGAAUUGAUAAAAGGUAGUGAUGCUCAAAAUAGAUGGCCUAAAAAUGAAGUUGAAGCUUUGAUCCAAGUUAGGAGUGGCAUAGAAAGUAAGUUUCAAGAACCCGGCUUAAAAGGUCCUCUUUGGGAAGAAGUAAGUUACUUAAUGGGCACAAUGGGUUAUCAAAGAAGUGCAAAAAGAUGUAAAGAGAAAUGGGAGAAUAUUAACAAGUAUUUCAGAAAAGCUAAAGAAAGCAGGAAGAAAAGGGCUCAACAAUCCAAAACUUGUUCUUAUUUUAAUCAAUUGGAUCAGCUUUAUUCAAAAGCAGUCGUAAAUUCUUCUCCUUUGAUUAGUAACAGUGAGAUUGGGAUUGACAAGGAAGGUUAUUCGGAGCUUUUAGAAGCGUUUAUAACGGGGAGUGCGGCAAAUCCUUCAAGGUUGGAAUUUGAUGGAAGCCAUGAAAUGGAGAAAGAAGAAGAAGUUGAGGAUGACAAUGAAGAGGAAGGAAGUGAUGGUAAUGAUAAUGAAAUUGGAAUGGUGAAUUAGAUAUGUUUAGAAGAACUGAUUAAUUCUUUUUUUUUUUUUAGAUGAGUUUUUAGAGGCUAAACGGUAUUAUUCAAUUUCUUUUGAAUUCGUUUGAUUUUGAAUUUAUUAUUAGGUUUUGGUCGAAAGGAUUAAUUACUAGUAUGUAUGGUUAUUUGAGUUUGAAGCAAAAAGGAUGAAUCUUUUAAAGGUGAAAAA